GUCAGCCUGCCCGCUAGCUUGCCGGCAAGGUCUUGCUGGGCUGCAGCUGGCGUCGGAGACGCGUCGAUGUAAGGGUGCGCGUUUGUCCGCGCUGCGACCGCUUAUUUUCCCCAAAGGGUCGGAGAUCGGAAGGUCAAGGGACAGAGGAUCCGGCGCAUCGGAAGUUUUUGGAGAGAUUUCUGCUGGAUAUUUCGGAAGCAGAUCUUAAAAGCCUUUCCCGAGAUUGAUCCUCUGCUGGUAUCGUCGCUGGAAAAAAGAAGAUCAUGGACGAUACCGCUUUGUCACUUGGAACAAUAGAUGUUUCCUAUUUGUCAUCUUCAGCAGAAUGCACUGUCACAAGAUGUAAACAUUCCAGUGAAGAAUGGGGAGAAUGCAAUUCUAGGCCUACCGUCUUCCGAUCAGCCACUUUAAAAUGGAAAGAGACUCUUCUGGGCAGGAAUAGGCCGUUUGUGGGACGCUGUUGUUACGUAUGCACACCUCAAAGCUGGGACAAGCUUUUUAAUACUAGUAUCCCUUCUUUGGGUCUGCGUAAUGUUAUCUAUAUUAAUGAGACACAUACACGGUACAGAGGUUGGCUUGCUCGGCGGUUUUGUUAUACUCUUUUCGUGCAAGAGCGGGAUGUUCAUAAGAGCAUGUUUGCAAAUAAUGUGAUGGAAAAUGUACUGAAUAAUAGCCGAGUGCAGAAUGCUAUUAUACAGGAGGCUUCAGAAUCAUCAGCUGUAAAUGGCCCUGAUCAGCUGGAAUCUAGAAACAUUAACAGAAUCAAGAAGAAAGCUAGAAGGAUCCUUCAAGAAAUGGUAGCAAAUGUCUCUCCUUCUCUGAUUAGGUUAACAGGUUGGGUUUUAUUGAAAUUAUUUAACAGCUUUUUUUGGAAUAUCCAGAUUCAUAAAGGCCAACUAGAGAUGGUGAAAGCAGCAACUGAGCUCAAUUUGCCUCUUGUCUUCUUACCGGUUCACAAAUCUCACAUUGACUACCUACUUCUCACAUUCAUUCUUUUCUGCCACAAUAUCAAGGCACCCUACAUUGCAGCCGGAAAUAAUCUGAAUAUUCCUAUUUUCAGCACUUUAAUCCACAAACUUGGAGGGUUUUUUAUUAGAAGAAAAUUAGAUGAGAGACCUGAUGGCCGAAAAGAUAUUUUGUACAGAACGUUACUACAUGUGCAUGUUGAAGAGUUGCUUCGGCAGCAGCAGUUCUUAGAGAUAUUUCUGGAGGGGACACGGUCCAGGAGUGGGAAAGUAGCCUGUGCAAGGGCAGGUCUUUUAUCAGUGGUGGUUGAUGCUCUAUAUUCAAAUGCUGCUCCUGAUGUACUAAUCAUACCUGUGGGAAUCUCCUAUGACAGAAUAAUUGAAGGUCACUAUACUGGUGAGCAGCUGGGAAAGCCCAAGAAGAAUGAAAGCCUAUGGAGUGUAGCCCGAGGAGUCUUUCGAAUGUUACGAAAGAAUUAUGGAUGUGUUAGAGUAGAUUUUGCUCAACCGUUUUCUUUAAAAGAAUAUUUAGAUUGCCAAAAUCAAAAACCUUUGCCUGUCCCUCUUUCUUUGGAGCAUACUCUGUUACCAGCUGUACUGCCUUCAAGACCUAACUAUAUAGUGGGAGAAAGUUCAGAAACUGCCCUUCCUGAUUCCAAGGAUUUAUCUUGCGAGCCACUGAGAAGACAAUUAAUAGCUAACUUGGCAGAACACGUAAUGUUCACUGCUAACAAAUCAUGUGCUGUGAUGUCAACACACAUUGUUGCCUGUUUGCUGCUCUAUCGACACAGACAGGGAAUUGAUCUUUCUAAGCUGGUGGAAGAUUUUUUUUCCAUGAAGGAGGAGGUCUUGGCUCGGGACUACGACUUGGGAUUUUCAGGAAAUUCUGAAGAUGUUGUCAUGCAUGCUAUCCAUUUGUUGGGAAACUGUAUAACCAUCACAAACACCAGUCGGAAUAAUGAGUUCUUCAUCACUCCCAGCACAACUGUUCCUGCUGUCUUUGAACUCAGCUUUUAUAGCAAUGGGAUACUGCAUGUCUUCUUCAAAGAGGCUGUCAUCGCAUGUAGUCUUCAUGCUUUACUGAACAAAAGGCAUAGAAAUGGUAUCAGUGGGAUUCUGCCCAAUGUGGUUAGUCAAGAACAACUGGUCCGAAAAGCUGCCAGCCUCUGUUAUUUGCUGUGUUAUGAAGGAACUGUUUCAUUGCCCUGUCAGCUGUUAUGUCAAGUGUGCCAUGAAGCAAUUGAACAGUUCAUACAAUAUGGAGUUCUUUUAGUAGCAGAGCAGGAAGAACAGGAGGAUAUUAGUUCUAGCCUUACAGAGCAAAACUGGGAAAAGAGUAUUCCAGAACCAUUGUCUUGGAGAAGUGAUGAGGAGGAUGAAGACAGUGACUUUGGUGAAGAACAACGGGAUUGCUACUUGAAGGUGAGCCAGACACAGGAACACCAGCAAUAUAUCUCCUUCCUGCAGAAGCUGCUAGGGCCAUUACUGGAGGCAUAUAGUUCAGCUGCCAUCUUCAUCCAUAAUUUCAGUGGACCUGUCAGGGAAACAGAGUGUCUUCAAAAAUUACACAAAUACUUAAUAUCAAGAACAGAAAAGAAUGUUGCAGUGUACGCUGAGAGUGCCACCUAUUGUCUUGCAAAAAAUUCAAUUAAAGUGUUUAAAGACAUGGGGGUAUUUAAGGAGACAAAACAGAAAAGAGAGAACAUUUUGGAACUAAGCAGUACUUUUCUACCUCAUUGUAAUCGGCAAAAACUAUUGGAAUUUAUUCUGAGUUUUGUUGUACUUUAGAAUAUCUCUCAACUUCUCCUAGUAGACUUGGACAAUGUGAUGCAAAGCUUCAGGGUUUGGUUUUGCUUCCAUAGUAUCAGUAGUGCCAUUUUUGGCAAGGCCUUAUCUGACCCAAGCCAUAAGAAGACAAGUGCCUUCUUACAUAUGCACAUAUGGAACUACAAUAUUUAGAAUUCAAACACAUUGCUAUCAUCCAACAUGUUCAGUCAAUGUUUGCACAAACCCCUGAGUUUUUCCAUAAAUCUGUAUCAAGUAUUACAGUUUCUACAUUGCAAAGUACUACAUGUACUUCAAAACUAACGACCGACAAAUGCACCUAUCUGCCAGAUUUGAACUGCAUAAAAUAAUUUGGAUUACUAUGUGAACUUUGCAAAAGCUCUGUCAGCAUAACUACUUCAUUGUAUUCAGUACUGUAAAUGAAUGGUUUUUAGAAAAAAAUUGAAUGGGAGGGGUUGGGAAAGGGCAUAUAAUAUUUUGUUCUACUAAUAGUAUGGUAACAUAGUAAGCAAAAAUAGCAAAGUAGUCACCAGGAUUUCAUUAAAAUUAGUUAAACAGCAAACAGCCUGCACAAAGUGUGAUCGAAGCAGCAAAAUAUGAGUAUAAAAAUGUAUCAAUCUUUCUAACGUAUAAGAAUUCAAAAUUCAUUAAAUUGGUGCAUUAAAGAAAUAGAUGGCACAAAUUUGUCCCCCAAAGUUCUAAAAGCUUUUCCUGAUGAGCAUUUAAAUUUUAGUACCAUGUUUUCCUUCAAAGCACUUGGAACUCAGAUGUAAGUCUGGCUUAAGCUAUCCCUGUGGUGCUUUUCCAAAAGGCAGCUGACUUCUGAAGAACUGAAGAAGCUUCUUGAAUGAGGAGCAAAAUGUUUUCAAGGAAAAACCAAGAAAGUCCAGUUGCCUUUUGGAAAAGCCCUUUUGGGGCAACCAUGACCUGGAUGAUUGAGAAUCUCCAUAGACAUCUGGCCUAAGCUCUGUAAAUUGAUGAAAUAUCCUAAUAAAUUGAUUUUGGAUGGAAAAUGCUUUGCUAUCAUAAAGUUUUACAAGCCAUACUGCUGAAACAUGACUGAUUUGAACUCUAAGGUUAUGAUGAGAACAUAAAUUGCAAGCGACUUAUUCUUGGUAAUCUUAUAGAAGGCAAUAACUUCUAAACUGGAUUACAAAAUGAGCUCUACGGGCGCAUACACGGUAUAUCAGGAAAAGCAAUAAUAAGGCAUUUAUUUUUAAGAGAGAACUUGUUGCCUUAUCCCUUGAGGAAACUUCGCCACUGCAGUGUUAAAAGUAUUUCUCAACUUCAUUUUUUUUUCAUUUCUUAUCUGGACUUGAGAAAUAGUUCGAUUAUGAUAAUCCAUGUUUGCUUUUUUUUUUUUUUUUUUUAAAUCCAUGCCUGAAUAUUACUAGCAAUCCACUGUCACUCGGAUUCAGAGCUUCUGGACAGUUUUUAUUUGGGGCUACCACACAAUUCUUAGUUUAUUCUGCAUUUUUGAAGCUUGGAUUUUCUAUAAAUGUAUAUAUGAAUUAAAACAUUUUACAUAAUGCUUUUCAGUAUUAUCCUGCAGUUCUGAAUGAUGGGAACAACUAUGCACAUUUGUUACCAUAAAACAGGUGCUUUAAAACAUAUUAAGAUAAAUAUUUGAACCAAAGUUGCAUCUGAUCGAUAAACAGCAAUAGUGAGGAAACCUGACUUAAUUUGUUGUUUUUAUGGCAGGAUAGCAGCUGAAAUGAAAUUGUUCUAAAUUGUUCUAAAGCUAUGUGGGGCAAUUAAAAUCCAUUGUUGCUUGUUUGAACUGUUCAUUAAACCUGAAUGUAUUCUGAAUAGCAAUUUCUAAAGACUGAUGAUGGCUUCCAAUUAAGGUCAGAUAAUAGGUGGUUGUAAAUAAAUAACUUCCUGUAGUUUCACUGUAGUUCAGUAAACAUCCAUUGUAUUAAUAGAAUUAAGAUAGUGUAUUAAUAAAAGAGAGCCAAGCAAUAUAUUAUAAAUGACAUUUUGCACAUUUUAAUUAAAAUGUGUCUAAUUUAAAAAAAUGAGGGGCUAGGAAUUAGUUUGGACAAUAGAAAAUAAUUGCUAGUUGUCAUUUCAUGAAGAUAACUUAUUAACAUUAUUAAAAUGUUCUUUAGUGUUCAUUUGAAUUGAAGAGAUAUACAAUGUAUUGUAACUACUGAAUAUAAAAAUAGGGUUUAAGUGUCAUAAGCCGAGAUUUUGCAUGUGCAGAAAAGUCAAUCUGGGAAUGUUGUUCAUGGGCAGAUAUCUGUGGCAUGGAUGUAGCAUGCACCUAGCUUGGCUUUUCCAUGAAGUUAAAGUACAUGGCUCUUUACUGGAAAGCUGCUAAAUAGAAUGCUGCUUUUGUAGGGUAUUAUUUUCAAACCUCAUGUUCCUCUUCUAAGACAGAAUCUGCAUUUUUCAAUCCUUAAAAAAAUGUAUGGCUCCUAAUUCUGGUUCUAGAACAUCCAAAAUAGAUACUGAAAUGCCUAUGUUGACAAUUUACUGAAAAUAAUAUGGUAAUCUGAAGGACAACAUUCUAUGUAUAUUUGUUUGUUGUGUAGAAUGAAUAAAGUUACUUUUCAGGUCUCCAAUGAUGUUCUAAGAUUACACAAUUUUUAACAACACUAAUAUAUUCUUAAGUAAACAUAAUUUAGCCAAAAAAUAACAUUGACAUUAUAUUUUCAUAAAUAAAGGGUUGGGGUAGAAUUGCAAAACAACAAUAACAAUAACAACAAUAGAUAUUUAUUUCUAUUUGUGAAACCUGAUAAAGCCUCAAAAAAUUUUUUAAUAUUACUUUUUCCCUUUAACAUUCCUUUUGUCUCUUAUGUAAGAAGCACAGCUGCACAGUCAUUGUAUUUUAAUAAAUAAUUGAAACUGUUUUGGUGUAAUGUGACUAAGUCUUUAGAGAGCAGAAAAAAUAUGAGUGCUUCCUACCAGUUCCUGAUGUUUUCUGUAUCUUGUCUAAGCUUGAGACAGCUGAUGAUAAUCUGUUGGAGAAAUUGCUCUGCAGGCACAAUCUGUUGGAGAAAUUGCUCUGCAGGCACAAAAAAUACCAUUCACUAAAUAGUUAAUCACAUUUCACUCUUUUACAGUAGGAAAGCAUUGGUCUAUCUAAAGACACUAUGCUUUCUACAACAGUGCUCAGUGAUAGUUGAUAUUCAACUUACAACAAUUCACUUAGUGACCAUUCAAAGUUACAGCACUCCUAAAAAAAGUGACUUAUGACUGUUUUUUACACAUGACUCUCGCAGCACCCCAUGGUCACAUGAUCAAAAUUCAGACACUUAGCAACUGACUCAUAUUUAUGAUGGUUGCAGUGUCCUGGGGUCAGGUGAUCCACUUUUGGGUCCUUCUGACAAGCAAAGUCAAUGAGGAAUCCACAAUCAUUUAACAAUUGUGUUACUAACUUAAAAACUGUGGCAAGAAAGAUUGUAAAAUGGGGCAAAACUCACUUAACAAAUGUCUCAGCAACAGAAAUUUUGGGCUUAAUUGUGGUCGUAAAUUGAGGAUUACCUGUAUAUAAAUCCUAAAUUGCCACGAAUUUAGGGCAGAUUAAGGUCAUUGCUGACAAUAUGGUGUAAUAGCAGAUCCUAUUUGAACUGCUUUCCAUCUGUCUAGGAGUAGAGCUUCUCUGACCAAUUUAGCACUAAUUUGUCUAUCUUAAGCCAAUGAAUUAGUUUAGAUGGUAGUUCAUGAAUUAGUUUGGUAAUUGAACAAUAAUUAAUUCAUUAAUUAGUCUUAAGUCACACCAAAAGUAAGAAACUUAAAGUUUAGUGAAACAUGACACCUUUUCAGUGUAGGUAUAGAAAGAAGACCGGUUUGAACAGAACUUUGGCCUUCAGUUUGGUCAGCAUGUUGAAAAUAGACUUAAUGGUUCAACUGAAGUAUGGCUAUAUACUUCUGGGGAAGAAACUGGCCCACUAUUCUCCUGGAGGUUUUCAAACAGAAAGUGGAUAGUCACUUCUAUAGGGUAUGGAAUCCAAGUUUUGAGCAAGACGAAUGAGAUGAUUACAAGGUUUCCUCUGAUUUAUAUUAAGGAGAUUGAUAUUGUCAGUCCAGUGAUUCUAACAUGGAAAAGCAAACAAAUAAUAAUACUCCUAUUUUAAAGGUCAGUUCUUAUUUAGGAUGAAAUUAAUGCCCAGAUUGAGCUUUAUAUUAUAUAAUUCCUUUUACAAAACAUUUGAAGAUGCAUCCAAGUUUUGGAAUGUCAUACAAAAAUUGUAAGUAGCUUGCUGUGGAAAAAUUCCUUGCGUCUUUUCACCAGGCUAUUUUUGGAUGAUUCUUACAUUACGUUUGUGUGUAUCAUGUUCACAUAUAAGCCAUGAGAAAAUAUUUGAGUGAAAGACUGCUUAGUUAAUUCUAUUGCCCUGAAAUGCCCUGUGAUUAAGCAUAAACCAUAAUUUUCUCCUUUCUGUUCCAACAGGAAAAGUGAUUGUUCAUCAAUAACGGAUUUCGAAGCCUUUGGCUACAUCCAUCAAGUUAUAAUUAAUUGGAAAAGAGAGACUUAAGCAGUAAUGAAAACACUAUUACUGACUAUGUAUGUGUCAAGCUUAAUUUUUAUUGAUAGUAGAUGUACUGCUAGGCUUCUAUGUAAAUAUCUAGCAUUCUACAAAGUCAUUGGAAGUCAAAUUUAAAAAAUUCUUUAGUCAUUGUGAAAUGCAAUUUGUCCCAUAACGCCAUUCUAUUAAACAGGAUUAUGUUCAGUUUCUCAUUGAAAGAAAUACGGUAGUAACAUUAUUACACUGGAACUUUUAUUCUGGGAAGCCUCAAAAAUUGCAUAAUAUUGAAAAUGUUGAAUAUUGAAAACUAUGCUUAUAUGCAGGCUACAUUAGGCUGGGUGAGGUAUGUUUUAUAUUGCCCAUCCAGCAAAGUACGAAUGCUUCUUUGUUGGAGGGGGUCUUUCCGGCCGCCUUGAAAGAGGCAGUGGUGAGGCCCCUCCUCAAGAAGCCUUCCCUGGACCCAGCUGUCUUAGAUAAUUAUCGUCCGGUCUCCAACCUUUGCUUCGCGGCGAAGGUUGUAGAGAGUGUGGUGGCAUGUCAAUUUCCCGGCACCUGGAUGAAACUGUCUAUCUAGACCCGUUCCAGUCCGGCUUCCGGCCCGGAUACAGCACUGAGACGGCUUUGGUUGCGUUGGUUGAUGAUCUCUGGAGGGCCAGGGAUAGGGGUUGUUCCUCUGCCUUGGUCCUAUUAGACCUCUCAGCGGCUUUCGAUACCAUCGACCAUGGUAUCCUGCUGCACCGGUUGGAGGGAUUGGGGGUGGGAGGCACCGUUUAUCGGUGGUUCUCCUCCUAUCUCUCCGAUCGGUCGCAGACGGUGUUGACAGGGGGGCAGAGGUCGGCCUCACGUGGGGUGCCACAGGGGUCGAUUCUCUCGCCCCUCCUGUUCAACAUCUAUAUGAAGCCGCUGGGUGAGAUCAUCAGUGGCUUUGGUGUGAGGUACCAGCUGUACGCUGAUGAUACUCAGCUGUACUUUUCCACACCGGGCCAUCCCAAUGAAGCUAUCGAAGUGCUGUCCCGGUGUCUGGAAGCUGUACGGGUCUGGAUGGGGAGAAACAGGCUCAAGCUCAAUCCCUCCAAGACAGAGUGGCUGUGGAUGCCGGCAUCCCGGUACAGUCAGCUGCGACCGCGGCUGACUGUUGGGGGCGAGUCAUUGGCCCCGAUGGAGAGGGUGCGCAACUUGGGCAUCCUCCUGGAUGAACGGCUGUCUUUUGAAGACCAUUUGACGGCCGUCUCCAGGAGAGCUUUCUACCAGGUUCGCCUGGUUCGCCAGUUGCGCCCCUUUCUAGACCAGGAUGCCCUAUGCACGGUCACUCACGCUCUCGUGACGUCUCGUCUGGAUUACUGCAAUGCUCCCUACAUGGGGCUCCCCUUGAGGAGCACCCGGAGACUCCAGGUAGUUCAGAAUGCGGCUGCGCGGGUGGUAGAGGGAGCCCCUCGUGGCUCCCAUGUAACACCUCUCCUGCGCAGACUGCACUGGCUGCCUGUGGCCUUCCGGGUGCGCUUCAAGGUUCUGGUAAUUAUCUUUAAAGCGUUCCAUGGCAUAGGGCCGGGCUACUUAUGGGACCGUCUGCUGCCACCGAUUGCCUCUCACCGACCCGUGCGCUCUCACAGAGAGGGACUCCUCAGGGUGCCGUCGGCUAGGCAGUGCCGACUGGCGACACCCAGGGGAAGGGCCUUUUCUGUGGGGGGCCCCACCCUCUGGAACAAGCUUCCCCCAGGACUUCAUCAACUUCCUGACCUUAGAACCUUCCGCCGCGAGCUUAAGACACAUCUAUUUAUUUACGCAGGACUGGACUAGAAUUUUUUAAAUUUUAAAUCUGGUUUUAAUGGGGUUUUAUUUAUUUCUAUUUUAAAUAUUCGGCCUAUUUAAUAAGUUUUUUAAAUUGUUGUUUUAUUCUGUAUAUAUAUAUGUUUUACUUGGCUGUAAACUGCCCUGAGUCCCUAGGGAGAUAGGGCGGUAUAAAAGUGCGAACAAAUAAAUAAAUAAAUAAAUAAAUAAAUAAAUAAAUAAAU